GGCUGUGUCCGGAGGUUUUCGUCAGCCUCAGGGGCUGAGGAGCUUGUUUACGUCAGGCCUGGGGGUGGGACCUGCGUGCGGGCGUGCGGAGACUGGAGACUGGCCUCGUUAGCCGGGGAGCCGCCGCUGCCCGCUGCCGCCGCCCGGCCUCCUCGUCGCGCGGUCUGGCUGCGGCGUUGACCCCGGUCCGGCUCUCAGCCGCGCUGCCUCUGGGUAAUGCGGUGGGGACGCGUGUGCAUCGAAUGUGUUCUGUCGUUCGACUUCUCCCGUCAUCUGAGUCUUUCUCCUCCAAUCAGGGAAGCACACUGACCACAGACUACCCGGCAAACAUUAAAUAGUACAAUUCCGUCCGUCUGCAGGUGAUGUUCUAGUCAUGUCAGAUAAGGAUGCUACAGAGACACCAACGGUAACUGAAGCAGGCCCUAUCCUUCAAGAUGGGAACUGUGAGCCAACUGAGAAGCCAGAGAAUAUAUCUCAGCCUGUAGCAUCCACUCGGAAAAGACCAGAACCCAUUCUUUCCAGAGACCUUGAGCCUUCUCAGCUUCCUGCCCAGGAGGCUGUUUGUAAAGAUGCCCCUCAGACUGGAUGGGGCUACUGGGGCAGCUGGGGCAAGUCCCUGCUCUCCUCAGCCUCGGCUACAGUAGCGACAGUAGGACAAGGUAUUUCAAAUGUCAUCGAGAAGGCAGAGACUUCUCUUGGAAUUCCUAGCCCCACUGAAAUUUCAGCUGAAGUCAAGCAAGCAGCAGGAGAAACAAAUGGCAGUGAGAACGAAAGCUCACCAGUGGCUGGUCCUUUCGGGGUUCUCUCGACCAUCUCAACGGCUGUGCAGAGCACGGGCAAGAGCGUUAUCAGUGGGGGUUUGGAUGCCUUGGAAUUCAUUGGGAAGAAGACAAUGGAUGUCAUAGCAGAAGGGGAUCCUGGAUUUAAAAGAACCAAGGGCCUGAUGAACCGGAAUUCUACACUAUCACAGGUUUUACGAGAGGUGAAGGACAAAGAAGAGCAGUGGCCCUCCAGUGAGGUAACCAUGGAAACAGACAAGAAAACUCAUUAUGGGCUACUCUUUGAUGAGUUUCAAGGCCUUUCACAUCUAGAAGCUCUGGAGAUGCUUUCACGAGAAAGUGAAAUAAAGGUGAAAUCUAUCCUUAGUUCUCUGAGUGGAGAAGAAUUACAGACCACAAGACUUGAGCUAGAGCAGCUCAAAGAAGCGUUCUCCCUAGCAGAUUUCUGUGAGGAAGAGGAGGAGGAGAGACAAGGUGAUGAAGAUUUUACCAAGGAGAUAACAGAGCUGUUUGCUCAGCUUCAUGUAUCUUCUAGACCAGAGAAACUCACCAGGGCAAGAAAUACAGCCUACGAAUGGAUUAGGACAUCUCUGGCUAAACCAGCAGCAGAGAAAGAAGGAGGAGAAAAACAGCUGGAGAUAGAAAAUGUUGAGGAAGCCAAAAAGAAUUCAAUAGAGGAUAUCCAUGCAUUUGCAAUCCGGAGCUUAGCAGAACUGACUGCCUGCUCAAUUGAACUGUUCCACAAAACAGCGGCAUUGGUCCUGCAUGGCCAGAAGCAGGAAGUGACAGCCUUAGAGAGGAGCCAGACACUUUCUCAGGUGACAGUCGUGCUGUGUAAAGACCUGGGCUCCCUGUCUAAAGAGUUUACCACCUGCCUCACCACUGCUGGGGUCAGAGAAAAGGCAGAUGUUCUGAAUCCAAUAAUCACUGCAGUGUUUCUAGAGGCCUCAAACAGUGCCUCCUACAUUCAAGAUGCCUUCCAGCUUCUCCUGCCCGUGCUGCAGAUCUCCCUCAUCGAGAACAAGACAGAGUCACCCAGGGGUGAGCCGCCAGCCCAGAGCCCCCUGACAGAGCACUGAAGGACAGAGAGGAGUCUACCUGAGAUCAUGAAUGCUGAGAAACCCGACUUUCUUCAGGGAAGCCUUGCAGUCAGAACGAGACAUCACCAAGUGUGUGAAACCCAGGCAGGAGCGCAGCUCACAGGGCUGCAGGCUCACAGGGCUAUAGGCUCACAGGACUGUAGGCUCACGGGGUGAAGGCUCACAGGACUGUAGGCUCACCGGGGUGAAGGCUCACAGGGAUGCUUGCUUCUCUCCGUGGCCAAGACACCCAGAUCGGCAUACUGCUCUUCCCAGUCUUAGAAGUAAUACAGUAUUUGAAAAGACAUAUUUCAAGAAAGUCACUGGGACAUUCUGGCAAAAAUGCUGGACUUUCUUGGAAAUAUCAGAAAACACUAACAAGUUUGACAUGGAUGUAAUUCGUAGCCAGUGGGUUGUUAUACAAAAAAGAAGAAAACUUCAACUUAGUAUCCUGGGUUUUAAGACAUUCUUUUCACCAUGGGCUUUCUCUUUACUGCAGAACUGAGACUACAUAAGCCCCAAGUGAGAUGGUCCGAUAGGUCCUCUACCCUCUCACCUUGGUAGAUGUUUGGCAUGGAGGAGAAACUUGUAGCUAUAUGUAUAAACUACAGCAAAGUGCCCUUUGGCUUCAAAUGAUUCCUUUCCCAGCGAGACCCCUGCUCAACUUGAUUCAAGACCAUGCUAUGGCAUGUCUGCAGAUGCUCUGAGUCUCUUCAGGCUGUAUUGUGCACACCCAGCCUGAGGCUGCAUUCAUUCAGGGUGCGUUCUUCAGCUGCCUACUCCAGAGGGGGAGGAGGCUCUUUUGGUGAUGGGGUUUUUGUUGGUCCUGUGAAUUCUUGCUUAUAACAGGAUUUAGCCUCAGACAUAACACAUCUCUCCCUCGUUGUUCCUCUGUCUUAAUGCAUUUGUUAGUGCUCUCUGAAAACAGUUCAAAGGCCAUCCUACACUUUUCGGCCUUCACUGCAGUUUUCAACAAUUAAGAGCUAUUUUGGUGUCCAGGCUUUUUAAAAAUGUUUGUUACCUUAGUGGUUUUUAGUGGCUCUGGUAACUUGAGAGCCCUGGCCUUCAUCUUUGAACAACUUUACAAUAAAAUAUGAUUAUGCCUACUUAUAGGUGUGAUAUUUUAAAAAAACAUUAAGAAUUAAAAUAUUUUACUUUAACGUUCAUAAAAGGCUUAAAAAUGAAGCAUCUGAGAAACAAGGAUAUUCUGAGAAAGACAAGCCUCUUAGGUAACAUGUCGUUAAGGGCCCUGUUGAAUCUAUGAGGGGAACUUUGGAAAUCCACACACUGGUGUGGCUCCAGCUGCAGUCUGCUUCUCGGACACCAGUCUGCUCAUUUCUCAGCAGAACCCUUGCUGGUUAUCGUAUUUUCUAGAGAAAACCUGUGUCCCUACGUGUCUGUGUCAGUCAGUGUCCCAGAGUUAAAGGGACGUCCGGCUGCUCUCUCGACACUUGUUAGCUAAAGGAGGAGAGUGAUGGGUGCUUCAUUCACAAACACAGCUCGUUUCUGAGUGGCCUCACCUUGUGUGAAGACCUGAACAGAGGGCCCCACACUGUGUUUUCUGUACACGUUGCUGCUGCUGUCUGUGCCCGCUGGUUCUAGUGGAGGUCAGGUGACUCUGCGUGCAUCGGUGUUCUUAAAGUAGUUUUCUUGUCGGUUUCAUCCAUGUGAAUAACACGUUUGGAUUCUAUAUACCCCCAGCCCCAUUUCCAAUCUCCUAGACCACCACCACAACAUCUCCUCACAACUUCAUGUCCUUUAAAAAGACUUUUAAUAACCCACAGAGUCCCUUUAAUGCUCCUCACAUGUGCAUUUGUGUGGGGCCAUCCACUGAAGCAUGGGCAACCUACCAGGGGCCUCACCCUGAAGAAAAUGAAUUCAUCCCUUCCACGGCAGCCAUUGUGAACCCCUCCCAUCCAUGUCAGAUCUUUUUUCUUGUGUGCAGGCAUCCGGAGCUGCUGUGAGCUCAUGAGUGUCGUGUCCCUGCCAUGUCUGGAACACCCUUCCUCAGCAGUCCUCCACAAACCCCACUCUCACAGUCCGUGCUCCUGCAUGCUGUUUGUCCUCCCAGCCACGUGGGGACGGGUGCGACGCAGGUGUCACAUCUGUCUGAUCGUUCCACUAUCUAUCUAUCACCUAUUUUCUGCACGUUGACCUAGAUAUGCUUGUCUUCUUUUUUGAGACAGAGUCUCCCUCUCUAUCUCUGGCUCGUCUAGAGUUUGCUAUGUAGACCAGGCUGGCCUCGAACUCACAGAGAUCCGCCUGCUUCUGCCUCCCAACUGAUGGGAUUAAAGAUGUGCCAAGUUUGCAUAACUUUGAAGGCACGUUUAUGAGCUGGAAUGGGCAGUCUUAGCUGAGUAACUCAGAGUGAGUGGGAAUCCCAACUGCGGCUGUAAACCCUAAGGGCUUACGUUUUUUCAGGCAGCUUAAACAACUUUCCUCUCACGUGACACGGAAUAAUGUAGGCUGCACAGCCCAACUGUGCGGUACAGGAGCCGUUUCUGAAAUUGAACAUUACGAGUAUGUUGUCUUCAGUAAAUCAGGAGGUGCUUCUGUAGCUGCCCAACUGUAUUAGUAAGGCUUGCAGAACUUACUAAGAGUAUUAGAGCUUAUAGAAUAAAUCUCUCUAUAUAGAAAGGGGCUUUAUUAGGAUGACAUACAGGCUGUGCUCCAGCUGAUCCAACAGUGGCUGGCUAGGAAUGGAAAGAAUCCAGUAGAAGCUCAGUCCGUGAGGCUGGAUGUCUCAGCUGCUCUUCAGUGUACGCUGGAAUACCAAAGAAGUAGGCCCUAAUGCCAGUGAAGAAAUGGCCUUGUUAGGAAGGCAAGGGUAAGCAGGCAAAAGAGCGAAAGCACCCUUCUUUCCUGUGUGCUGAGGGUGGGCCUGGACACGUUCCAGAGAGGAGGGAAAGAGUAGGCGAGGAAGGGCGUGAGCCAGGCCAUGGUGGUGAGAAUCUUGGAGCCUGACUGACGAGCAGAAUUUUUUUUUUUUAAUUUAUAUAGGAUUUAGUAAGCAGGGAUAGAUUAAUGUUGCAAAAUGCAGAUCAUAUCAUUUUUGUUUCUGGACAUGUGUCUAACUUUUUUCUUUCACAUUUGGGGUCAUAGUUUAGUCAUCACUGAUGAACCGUGGCAGAACAAUUAUCUUUUACAAUCAUUGUUUUCUCAUUUAGUCAUCAUUGAUGAACAGUUAUCUUUGUAAUAAUUUUUACCCAUCAACCUCAUAUAAGAAUCUAGAGACAUAUGAUAGCCUUUUCUCAGGCUGGUAGCUUUUGUGGCAUGCUAGACAGAAAGAAAAUCUCCAAGCCAGUCCCGACUGCCAUGUCCCCAGCAAUUAUUAACUCUUUUAUUUAUUUAUUUUAAUUUAUCCGUAUCCCAUUUGAGUGGCACCUUAGGUUUUUUUUUUUUUUAAUUUUAUUUACUUUUUAAAAAACAAUCUUUUCUCCAACCUUCCUUAAGACCCUGUAUUACCACUUUUGGGUAUAUAUCCAAAGGAUGCUCAAUCGUGCCAGAAGGACAUGUGCUCAACUAUAUUCAUAGCAGCUUUGUUUGUCAUAGCCAGAACCUGGAAACAACCUAAAUGCCCCUCGACCAAAGAAUGGAUAAGGAAAAUGUACAUUUAUACAGUGGAGUACUACACAGCAGAAAAAAAAACACGACAUCUUGAAUUUUGCAGGCAAAUGGAGCUAGAAAACAUCAUUUUGAGUGAGGUAACCCAGACCCAGAAAGACAAUUAUCACAUGUACUCACUCAUAGGUGGUUUUUAAACAUAAAGCAAAGAAAACCAGUCCACAAAUCAUAAUCCCAGAGAACCUAUACAACAAUGAGGACCCUAAGAGAGACAUACAUAGAUCUAAUCUACAUAGGAAAUAGAAAAAGACAAGCUCUCUGGAGUAAAUUGGGAGCAU